CAAUUCAACCGGCCAAACCGUUACAAUGCCACCAAGAUUGAUGGCGCUGCCCACGCAGCUGUCGCAAUUUAUUGCACGGCCCUUCACCCAGGCAUCGCCGCUGGCCUUCCUGACCCCGACAUUCCAGCAAUCCCGCAACGCCUCUAUUCUCUCCUCGCUUUCCGAUAAUCCCACAGCGUACAACAAGCGCAUCCGCCGUGGUCGUGGUCCAGCUUCCGGCAAGGGUAAAACUUCCGGACGUGGUCACAAGGGUCAGAAGCAGCACGGCAAGGUCCCUGCGCGCUUCAAUGGUGGUCAGACGCCUGAUAUCGUCGUGCACGGUGAGAGGGGAUGGAACAACAUCUUCGCCCUCGACAUGGCCCCCGUCAACCUCGAGCGCAUCCAAGAGUGGAUCGACCAGGGCCGCAUCGACCCAACCCGCCCCAUCACCAUCCGCGAACUCACCCACUCCCGGUGCAUCCACCAAAGCAAAGACGGCGUCAAAGUCCUCGGCGGCUCCGCCACAGCCCUAAAACAACCCAUCCACCUCGUCGUCUCACGCGCCUCCACCUCCGCAAUCGAAGCCGUCGAAGCCGCAGGCGGUUCCCUAACAACCCGCUUCUACACCCGCCAAGCCAUCCGCCACAUUCUGCGAAUGGAGUCGCACCCCUUCAUAUCGCUGGCGUGGUCGGCCGAGAGCGGGCCCAAGGCUCUGCUCGAGGCUGACGGUGCUGCUGCCGCUGAGGAUGUCUCCGAGGCGAAGGUCAUGGAUACGCUUGGACUGAAGUAUCGGUUGCCGGAUCCGACGCGUCGUCGCGAUAUUGAGUAUUACCGUGAUCCGGCGCAUCGGGGUUAUUUGGCGCAUCUGUUGAAGCCGAUGGAGGGUCCUAGUUUGUUCUUCCGGUCGCCUGAGGAGCGGAAGUCGGCUGCUGGCACGAAGAAGGAGAAGGUUCUGCCUGAGAAUAGGCUUUGGUAAUUGGGUUGUGGAUUGGAGAGGGGGUGUGGGAGAAUUAGGAUUGUAAUUUUGGUAGAAGACUUGGAUGUUGGGAUUUGUGUUUGGUCGAGCAUUUUAUAUGUACAUGUAUACUAUCUAGCCUUGAAUAUGUUUUGGG